AUGGAACCUUUCCACGAGCUACCAGUAUGGCUGGAUGAGUACUCGACAAGUAUGCUGCGAUACGGUAAGCUCAGACUUUUGACGCUCAGAACCCCCAGUUACUACCGGCUUAUGCCUGUUUUUGGGUUCAUUUCAAAAUUCCAGGCCAUCUUUUCUGACCGAACCACAGUCUUUACCGUAUGGUUGCCAGAGCUGUGCGCUCACAGGUCGUCGACUCUGCGGAAGCAAGCAUACUUUGAACAUGUCAUAACAGACAUACUCUUGCUGUCGGUCACUCUCACCGCUGCAUUUGCCCGGACAGGAUUCGCGACCGAGGGUGGUGGUACAGGCAAGGAUCCCGGCGCUCUGGUGGAUAAAAACGCCACGGCCGUGAUCGAGAAAUACUGGCUCAAGUACACGGUCAUAACCAUCCAAAUGCUCAUCAAUGGCGUGGAACUCUCGGCCUAUUCGACUCUGCAAAUGUUCACGGCUGUCACGACCAUGGCCGGGUGUGAGUUCAUGGUCAACCCCCACGAGGGGCGCCUCCACCUACAGGCUUCCGCUCAGACUGCUUCCAGGAACGGAGGCUUCGGUACCAUUCCCGCCUUGCUGUUGGAGAUCUUCUUGCUCAACGAAGUGUUGCUGGCCAGUCUGAGUGGCAGUCGCCCCGUUGUACCUCAUGACCAGCUCGCGCCGGUGGUGGACGCAUUGCUUCCCAAAAUGCCGGAAUUUACAAAAAGAUCGUCGUACCGAUUCGGCAAACUCCUCAGCGGCUCGGGCCCUGUGGGGGAUUCGUUGUCGUCGUCCUUUAUUGCCGUUAUGGCGGAGCUUUAUGCCGCAACUGAGAUAAUCAACGUUUACACGAGUCUUGGUGGACAGGACCAACUACGAGAAACGAUAGUUCUUCGGAUGUUUUUGAUCGGUCUUUGCCUUUCCUGUGUGGCCAUGGAAUGCAUUCGGCUCUCGGGUCUUUUGUUGAUCCACACCACCCACCUGAAGGGGACUCCAAAGCAACAUUUGUAUGACCGGGUCGCCACCGAGCUGCUGGAGAGGCUGCGGCAACUCGAUGAUGUGAGCACCGGAGGGCCACAACCCUUGGUGGCCUUGAUGGACAUCUGGGCGUCUUUCCUGGGCGCGUUUGUCUCCAUGAGCAACGAACGGGGAGUGUCUUACUUGCAUCGCAUCUCUCGAGCCGCCUCUGACUUGCCAGCGUCGAAGAAGGAAUGGGUCCAAAUAAGGGAGUGGCUGAAGAGAUUUCCAUGCGUUGAUGAGGAGUUUGAUGAGCCCUUUGAACAGAUAUGGGUUCUGGCUCAUCACUGA